AUGCGGCCCGGAUCACCCGAAGAUUUAACCCGCGGGACACGGAAUGAAGACUCUACACAGUCAAAGUCGUCCGAGUCUUCAUCGAUAGGAAUAUCUUCAGAGUUAUCGAUUGAAGCACAUCACUUUCUAUUAUUAGUUAUUGACAAAAAAAUAUAUAUUCGAAAAAUUGAUAAAUGA